GUAUAACAGCAAAUCAUAAUUGCAUACUUUAACAAUCAUUAUCGUCUGAUUAAAUCUACAUAAUCGCACAGAAAAUAUCAAUAUCUAAUAUUUAUCGUUCGAAUGUGAUUUCAGUACUGAUUUAUGUAUGUAUAGCUAUUGUUAUAUGCAUUCAAUAUGCGCCAAGUUUUCUUAACGUCGUGAUGCCGCUGAACAAAUCUCGGCGAGCCGAGCUGAUAUUCUGGGUCGAGUAUUUCGUCGAUCAGGAUAAAUAUUAUCAUAUGAUUCAAUUUCAUUUAGAUGUAGGAUUAAUCGUCGCCGCGACCACGAUUCUGGCCACCGAAUCGUUUUGUUUAAUGGUCGCCAUACACGCAUACGGAAUGUUUAAAAUAGCGAGUUAUCGCAUGGAACAUAUAAUCGAUGCACCGAACAUAUUCGUUGGCAAACGUUACGUCUCCUAUGACAGUGUGGUAGCCGCUGUGAAUAGUCAUAGACGAGCAAUCGAGUUUUCCGAAAUUAUCAGAUCGACCUUUGCGAUACCGUACCUGGCAUUAAUAUUACUCGGAGUGACUUCAUCGAGCAUAAAUUUAUUCUUGCUGUUUCAAGUGAUAAUGUCCGCGGGCGCAAUGGACGAUAUAAUUAAAUCUAUCGUGUAUGUUUGUUGCCACUUCUUGUAUAUGUUUUUAACCAAUUACGCUGGACAAAAGUUUAUAGACCACGAUAUCGAGAUUUACAAGAAGAUAUGCAGUUUGCGGUGGUACAAGGCGCCUUUGCGAAUACAGAGACAGAUAUUAUUUAUAAUGCAAAAAACUGCGAAAAGUUACCACAUGAAUGUCGGUGGUUUGUACAACCCAUCGUUGGAAGGUUUCACUACGCUCGCAAGUGCGACGCUCUCUUACUUUACCGUUCUCUGCUCGAUACGGAAAUGAUAACGACAUUUAUCACGAAAAGUACGCUUACUGGAUUGCCGUCAAGUUGCUGCAAUGUUUUAGCCGAGAACAACGAGAAAUGACAUUAUCGAAUAAAAGGCACUGUUCUCGAAGACAA